ACAUUUGGCUGGAAGCUGACUUGUUAAGACUCCCAAACAAAUAUGGGCGUGGUACAAUCCAAUUUUUUUGAUUGGGUGUCAUCAGCCAUAGAGACUCAUUGGUUAAUUUUCGAGAAGGCGUUUUAAAAAGAAAAGAGGAAUUUACGUCCAUUGCGGCUCCAAACGAGAGCAUUGGACGACACGAAGCUUAUUCACUUUCUCCCCAAAAUGGCGUCGAAAGGGAACCAGUUUCUUUCUGAGCGCUGUGUGGCUUGCAGAGCCUCAGUGGGCGGGCAGCUGCGACACUGGCAGACAGUCACAUGAUUCGCGCAAAGCCCAGCUGCCCAAUUCCAAUAUGGUGGCCAGCUUGGCAGACCUACGGUUCUUGUUGAUGAUAUUAUUGCUCUGCUGGAGGAUCAGGGACGGCGCCUGCACCCAGCAAGCCCCGUGGGUUCUGGGGCUGCGACUGGAGGACCCAGACGGCCAGGUGUAUAUGAAGGAGCGGAUCAUCUCUGCGCCGCAAGGGGCCAGUUUCAAGCUCCGGCUGUUCGGUUGGGAUCUAAAUGGGACCUGGCCGUGGGUGGCGUUCGCUGGAACAAGACAGGAGGAGACCGGGGUGGUGGAGGAUGCAGCUGACCCGUGCGAGCAAGAGACCCGCCGUGUCUCCGCCGCCUUCCAGGUCACUGGGGAGUUCACAGCGGACGAGGAGUACAGCGGGUUGAUAACGGUACAGACGCGGGACAAGAGCAGCAUCUCUCCCGCUGCAUCCUCCACGGGAGGAGGGGAUGAUGCCAACCCUACCUACCACCACCACCACCUGUGCGUGAUGAAGAACGGAAGCUGGGUUUCGGUGGGACCGGACAGGUUGCAGAUCAACAACGACGCAGGUCUCCCGGCAGACUACAUCCCUCCGUGGGGUAUGGCGGUGCUGAUCGUGCUGCUGAUCCUGGUGUGCGGGGUACUGAGGAGUGUGAACCUCAGCCUGUUGUGGCUGGACCCCCUGGAGCUCUACGUGUUCCACAGCUGCGGCUCCGAGGAGGACAAACGGGCCGCCAAGCGCCUCGAGCCAAUCCGGAGACGAGGCAACUGCCUGGUGUGUUCUCUGCUGUUCCUGUGCGCUCUGGGCCACUCGGUUCUCGGUGUGCUACUCUACAGGGUCCUGGGUUCCAUAGCGCCCGCCGUCUUCACCAGCGGGUUCCUCAUCUUCCUGGUGUCAGAACUUGUUCCCCACAUAGUGUGUUCUGGCUACGGCUUCCAGCUAGCCCCAGGCUUCACCUGGCUGGCACAGGUGUGUAUGGUGCUGACGUGCCCACUGUCGUGCCCGCUGGGCCUGGUGCUGGACCUGGUGUUGAGACGUGACAUCAGCACCUGCGGUGUGAGGGAGAGGGCUAUGGAGCUGAUCCGCACCAACGUCAAUGAUCCCUACAGUGAGUUUGUGAAGGAGGAGUUUAGCCGUGGUGCACUGCGCAGGAAGACCGUGGAGGACAUCCUGACUCCACUGAACGACUGUUUCAUGCUGCCGUCCACCGCUGUGCUGGACUUCUCCACCAUGUCAGAGAUCAUGCAGAGUGGAUACACACGAGUCCCCAUCUAUGAAGAGGAGAAGUCCAACAUCGUGGAGAUCUUGUUCGUGAAGGACCUGGCUCUGGUCGAUCCUGACGACUGUACUCCCAUGACGACCAUCACCAAGUUCUACAAUCACCCACUGCACUUUGUCUUCAAUGACACUAAACUGGACGCCAUGCUGGAGGAGUUCAAGAAAGGAAACUCUGCCCUGGCUAUCGUUCAGAAGGUGAACAAUGAGGGGGAGGGGGAUCCCUUCUACGAGGUGCUGGGAUUGGUCACCUUGGAGGAUGUCAUCGAGGAGAUCAUCAAAUCAGAGAUCCUGGAUGAGUCAGACGGCUACAUGGACAUGAAGGUGAAGCGUCCCAUGGCCCCUCUGGAGAUUCCUCUGGAGCCUCGCAGUGUCCACCAAGAGUUCUCUCUGUUCAAACUCCCAGAGGGAGAACCCAAGAUCCGCACCUCACCUCAGCUACUGCUGGCCACACACCGCUUCCUCUCCAGAGAGGUAGAGCACUUCAGUCCAGCCCGCGUGUCAGAGAAGGUGUUGUUCCACCUGCUCCGUCACCCCAGUGUCAACCAGGAAGUUCACUUUGACCCCUCCAACCGCCUGAGCCCCGACCACUACCUCUACACACGCAACCACCCCGUAGACUACUUCAUACUGCUACUACAGGGGCGUGUGGAGGUUGAAAUCGGUAAAGAGGGCUUGAAGUUUGAAAACGGAGCGUUCACAUACUACGGUGUGUCUGCACUCACAGCGCCAACCUCAGUGCCCCAGUCUCCAGUUUCGACCCAGCGUCGUCCUCCCAGGGAUCCAUUUGAGAUGGGAGACGCCACCAGCCCGUCCAGCUACUGUCCUGACUACACCGUCCACGCCCUCACUGAUCUGCAGCUCAUACGGGUGACUCGGAUGCAGUACCUGAAUGCUUUGAUGGCGUCGCGUGUUUGCCAGAGCCCAGAAUCUCCUGAGAUCAAGAUCCUGCCUAACAGUCAGACCAAGCUGCUCAACGAGAGGAACACUGUCACACAAGGUGGCAGUAAAUCCCAGGAAAGUUCAACGGAAGAGGAGGCUCAUGGGUAAUGAAGUUCUCUCUGUCAGAACUAUGUGUUACUCAGACAACCAACAAGGAGGCUUUUUUAAAAAUAUCUAUUUUUAUCCGUGAAUCUCUUAUCUCUGGAAUGCAGUAAUUGGACCUGGCUGGAGUGAGCAUCUGUGUGAGUGGUGUGUGUGGCUACUGCACUAUCCUCAGCCGUUUUCCUCAUUCAUUGUACGUUUCGCAUUCAUGCCAAUCGUGUGUGUGCACCUCUCCUCCCUGUUGUAAAUUAGCCUCCUUUGCCUAAAAGUUACAUUGCCUGUUCCUUCAUUAUUAGCUGUGUGCCAAAGCAACUCACGUCAACGCCCUGUGUGUGUUGUCACAACCCGUCCAUCCAAGCAUUAGACACAGGUUGGUCAAAAAAAGCCACUUUUCACAGAAAUGUGUACACUGCUUUUGGUGAUUUGCUUUAGUUGUUUGAUUAUGCGUCCAUAUUUUAUUUGAUACACUCCCACAUAUUUGUCUACCUAGACCUAAUGGAAGGCCUGUAUACAGUAUAUCAGGAGACCUUGGAACUGUUUUCUCUAGUUAAAGGGCUACAUCACCCAACAGUAAAGAAACAAAUAUGUAUUUGAAAAUAUUCAUACAAUCCCUUUAAGAGAGCUGAUGCAACGCUUGUGUCCAUUCCUUUGCACAGUCACUGUUUAGCUUCAGGUCUGAGCUGUGAUGAGAGUGGUAGGUGUGUGUGUGCAUGCCCUCUCCCAUUUGACCUCUCUUAUGGCGUGCCAACUCUGACCCAGUCUGCUUUCAUGCAUUCCUUUUGUUUGGCCAAGUUGCCAUAGAGACAAUCACAAUCCCCUUUAUUCACUCAGUAUAUUUACCUAGACACCAUACCCAGACACCAUACAGAAUAGAUAAAACAGACACAAGUCCACAUAGACACCAUACAGAAUAGACAGUGUGUUUGUGUCUGUCACAUCUAAAGCACCUUGUUGAUUUCCUCAUCCUUGAUAGCCGAAUAGGUUGAGUUCCAUUAACAUUCCACACACACACAGAAGUGGUGUGUGUGUGUGUGUGUGCGCGCGCGCGCGACUCUUUCAGGAAACUCAAUUUCCCAUGUUGCAGUGUAACUACCCAUGUGUGCAGGGAAUACAUAUGUUACCCACUGCCCUGUGGAGUCAGGAAACGCCUAGAUAAAGGCCUGGUCCAGAAUCAACCCCUUGGUCCUUCCCCUGGCCCCUAGUUGUCUACCCUUUGCUCCUAGGCUCUAGCCUUUAGUGUAAACAGAUCUGAUGAAAAGGUGAUGGCAGCACCCAUCUGGUUCCUUCAGAUCUGCUAACAUAGGGGUUUGGAAUGGGGAUAGGAGUCAUUGGAGUGGGGAAUGGGGAUAGGAGUCAUUGGAAUGGGGAUAGGAGUCAUUGGAGUGGGGAAUUGGGAUAGGAGUCAUUGGAGUGGGGAAUUGGGAUAGGAGUCAUUGGAGUGGGGAUAGGAGUCAUUGGAGUGGGGAUAGGAGUCAUUGGAGUGGGGAUAGGAGUCAUUGGAGUGGGGAUAGGAGUCAUUGGAGUGGGGAAUGGGGAUAGGAGUCUUUGGCGUGAACCAGAGACUCUACCAGGGUUAUAUUCAUUAGUGCACACUGUAGCAAAAUGUUUUGAAACGGAAAACAAAAAUAAACUUUUCUUAUUGGACAAGUCUAGGUAGUCCCUCCCUGUUUCAGUACGUUUUCUUCCGUUUGAUGCUUAAUGAAUACGACCCAUGUUUUCCAGCAACCAUGUUAGGGGUUGGCUAUUUUGGCGGCCAUCUUGGUUACCUCAGCAGUCGUUCUCCACCCCAUAAAGCGUUUUUGUAGUUGAUCUAAUUAAUGACAUGUGCUAAGACAAGGGAUUAACUAUGUAAUUCAAAGUAAAUUUUCCAUCUGUUUUAACAAUGUUGUACUGUUGGUUAUGUUUCAAGUCCAUUUUAUAUUGUAUUAAAAGACAAUGUAUAUUGUAAAAAAGGUCAUUACUUAUGCUACUUAUAUUGUUUGGGAGAAAUGGUUUUUUCGAUGGGGGUAGAAAACUGUAUAUUAAUAUAUAUAUGCUUAUCUAGAGAGAAUAUGAAUCAAGGGUGCAGAUUUAAACUCAUAGUUUUCAGGUACAAAUGUAGAAUACUGUUACCAUGAUGAUGAGAACCAGACCAGCUCUAGUUUCUCUCCAGGAAUUUUUUGUAUAGAUUUUUUUUUCCAAUUCUUCUCUGGAAGCUGAGAGUUGUGUGUGCAGAGAACAUUGCAUUGAACUAUUUCAAUAUCUGCUGUUUGUUAGUAAAUAAACCCAGUCCUUGUAUA